AUGGUAAGAAGAAAAAAUAAACAUAAUAUCACUAAAUCAACACCUGAUAAUUAUGUAAAAAACUAUUUCAAUCAAGUACAGAAGAAUGUUCUUAAUUUAAUAUUAGCAGGACCUGGUAGUAAAUUACCUAAUGAUCAUGAUGAGCAUGUAAUGUGUAAAUUCAAUAACACAUAUCAUCAACCAAAAAAAAUGAAUUUAAAUUAUAUAACACAAAUUGAAUCAAUUAAAACAAAUAACAAUAUAAUUAAAAUAAAUAGUAUAAUAGAUGAUUCAUUAUCUCCCAAAAGUGAUUAUAUUAUUCCAGUAAAAAAAAGAGGAAGACCAAAAGGAAGUAACAAAAAUAAUAUUAAAUUGGAUCAAAUAAAAGAAAUUCCGCAAAUUAAAAUUCCAAAGAAGAGAGGCCGCCCCAAAAAGAAUCAUAAUCUGAGAUCACCCUUGUUAACGUCAUCUCUUUCAAUAGACUCUUCUGUGAAAAUGUUAAAAAUCGAAAGUCAAUCUAUGAUCUGUCACAUUGAUGAUUAUCAUCCUAUAAUUGCUCUUAAGGAAGUUCAAAAUUCUCAUACAAUAUCUGAAUCGGGAUAA